AUGUUAGCACUGGCAAAUUUGUGGUCGCGGCUAAUAUUUGUAGGCUAUGCUCUGAUACUAUUACUGGCAGGGCAAUGGGACCUCUUUACACCUCAAGGGACUCGGCUGGCGGAGGCCAUCAGUAUCACGAAAACAUGUGAUCAUUCAUUGGGAAGCAAUAUAUCGUCAGGGUUAUGCAAUGACGGAGCUGCUUUUGACCGUUGCGUUACGGCGCAUUAUCCAAACAGCCGGAUACAACGCCAGGGAACCCUGGCAUAUGCUAUGCCAACUGUACCUUUAAGCCUCAGUAAACUGCGCUGCGGUGAGAUCGUAGUAGGAGUUCCUGAACGCCGAAAUGAAGAUGGAACCGUGGAGGUCGAUGUUGGUGCCGAGUCCCCGCUUCUCGUGGCCGGUGAUUCGUUAUCGUUCCUGAACAACGAGGAGCGUAAAAGAUUUGAGAGCAUAUUGGAAUCCUUCGGACAACCAAAGGCAACAGAUACCAAGUCGGUAGAAGAGAUGAUUACUGAUACUCUUAUUAGGGCAAGAGAGGUACCAGAACGCAAACGGAUGACACAUAAGCGACCAAGGUUGAUCUAUCCUGACGACUGCAAGAAGGAUAAAGGAUCAACGCACGUGCUAAGUUAUGACCUUGGUGUUGGUGGUGAAAUCAAGCCAAAACAAAUAAAUACACCAAGGAUAGCAGGACGGAAGCAACCUCACUGCUGGUUCAGGGAUGACCAGAUGGAGUUUAUCAUUACAGAUUUGGAUAUAUACGGCGGCAAGGUACUAGGAGAAGUAUGGUCACCAAGCAUUGUGGAGAGGAAACGACAGGCAUAUAUGGCGAUGGCAGUUGAGGCGGUUAAACCUACGUCUUCAAUAACUGCCUAUACUGCCAAAAUCAAGGAACGUAACGGAGACUUGCUAACGAUACAACUGGUCGAUAAGCACCUGCAAGGGUUGAAUGCAUAUGCACUAGCCAUGCCUAAAGACAGGGCUGGUGAUCGUAUUAUGGUAUACUUGGCUGGCAGUGACCCUGGAUUGCAGCAAGUAUAUUUCACCAGAACAGCAGUGGUUAACGAGCAACUUAGAGAAGAGAACCUCAAGAUGCUUUAUGAUGAGAUAAUGUACUAUUAUGUGAAGACUGGCAAAUGGUUUCGUGCGCACUUCGAAGAAGAUACGGAUGAUUCCAUACGGUUACGUGUCGCUGGAAAGUCAACACCUGAUGGCCAAUACAUUGCCCAAAUAUUUUUAAGCCAGAUGCCAUACUUUAGCCCAGAAGGAGUGCUAAAUGAAACUUUCAAACGACUCAAUAUGCCCAACGAUUACUUCUGCUACCACGAUAUGAUGAUAAAUGUUGGAAAGCUAAACUAUGGAUUCAACUAUGACAGCUGCAUGUUUGUACGCGUACACGAAUACAAGACACCCACCUCAUCCCGUGGCGAGCGCAUUGCCAAGGGAAAUAAGGCAGUAGAUUGCUUAGAGCUGACCACAUUGAACAUCUGCAAGCCCAAAGGUAUGCUAGAGGAUGGGUUCAAGAGGCUUGCUGAACAGACUGUUGAAGAUAUGAAGGAUAUGAAGCUAUAUUCAUCAUAUCCUGCGAUGGUAAUUGGACAAGACGAUGGGUAUCUUUAUCUGGCAAUAAACCACCUCCGCAAGCAGAAUUUUACAAUCGCUGACGAUUAUUUAGUGGGUAUUAUGAAGAUAGUACCCAAAUCCAAAACAUUGCCACCCGGUACUUUCGUGAAUGCACGAAUUUCAGGUAUCUCGCAGAAUAAUGUAAAUAUGCACUACUUGGAGACUCAGUCGGAGAUCGGCAGCCACGAUAGUUUCAAGUAUACCGCCUUCACAUAUUGGCUGAAUCAUACGAAUGAUGGUAAACCAAAGUUCGGUCUUAGCAGGUUCGAUCAACAGAAAACCUUAAACUUGAUAUGGAUGGAUGGUUUGUGUAUCCCACCACCUGGAUCUCCACAAUAUGAUAAAUUCUUCGCACUACAACCUUUGGUCACGGAUGCAUCGUUGGUCCAUACCGUUGAGGAGUCUUUUGCACCUUUGGAAGCCGAGGACCCCAGAGCACGAUUGCUGGAUGCUGAUGACCAAUUUUUGGCGCCGGAAAAUGUGACGGAUUAUUUCCUUACGACACUGCAGAAGAGACGCGCCGAGGCCGAAGAACCUCGUCAGGUACCUAUAGAUAUGAAGAACUUUGGAAGCUAUACCAUUCGGUAUGAUGAAAACCCGGAUGCUCCUAUCGCCGCACCAUGCUAUUAUAUCUAUAACAGAGAGAUAAGGCUAGCAUUGAUAGAGGAGCAGUUGAACAGCGGUGCUUUAUGGAAGUUUAAGAGAACCAUGGAGCUUGCACGUAUGCGUACAGAGGGUGAGGUGAAGUCAUUUUUUUACGAUAGCAAAGGACGUUCGUUAUAUGAGCUGUUAGAAAAGAUGCGUGACCCUAUCUACCGUCGUAAUGUGAAGCCAAAAGAGGCAUUAUUUUUUGAACGCAAUGUGAAGUUGCUUCUUUCGGGUAUACAAGAUUUCUACCUGGAAGCUAUAUACGAUUCCACUGACCGUGAGAAGCUGAUUUUUGCGUCCCUUAUUCCACGGUCUGGCGACGUAGGCGACUUUGUACAGAUGGACGAACUGGAACAGUAUGAUAAUUAUUUGCGAAACGAUUUUGUCAUGGAUACUGAAGCUCGUGAGUGUUUGCAACGUAUACUUCGGAUUUUAUCUCACCCAAAUAAUUCACUAAUGGCACAUAUGCGCCAUCGUCAUAGGACCAUCGAUGAUGAAGUGUUCUACGCCUACCGUAAAAUGCUACACUAUGAAACAUGGGUAGACUACAAGUUCCCGGAGGCUGAGUUGGCUGAAGACGACACGUCUGAAAGUAUUGAUUCACCGAUGCCUCCUGUAUCUGAACUUGUUAGUGAGCCCGAUGAAUUGUCGCCAACGCUUUUGAAACAUGGUUUGUCGCAAAUCAAGGGGCUCUAUACUCAACUGUUAAGAAUGGCACGAACACCAGCUCCUGAGCAACUUGAGAAAUCUAUGGUUCACAUGAAACAGAAUCUUCCCCUAAGGGCGGACGAUGCCAUAGAUUCACAUGAGAUUGACAAAUUGGUAGACCAACUGGCAUCUCAUGAAGCUGCCAAGGAGCAAGAUGCACCUGCUACGCCUCGGCAAAACUUACGUAUCACUUCUAAGGAGUGGCGUAAGCUUAACUCAAUCCAUCAAAAGUUCAAUCCAGAAGAAUUAAAGCAGUAUUUGCGCGACAUUAAAGCAUACAAGCCGGUACAUGGUGUCAGGCUACCGAUUGUAUAG